UGCAGCUGCACCACUAGCCAUUCUGCCGUCAGCUGAAACACUUUGCCCCGAUGGUUCUCUUCGCUCAACUCGUGUUUGUCGUGCUCGACGUCAAGAAAGACAAGAAGCGCAAGCAUGGCUGCCCUCCUGAGUGCCGCAAGCAGCGCUUCAGGGACCCGCAGGGUCAAGAACGUUACCGUCCUCACAAUAGUUGAAGACAUCAAAGAACCUUACAAGCAAGAAGUUUCUAUUAUCUUCUUUAACAAAUUAACUGACCUUCUCUCUAAGGUUAGAGCAUUUGUAGAGGAGAUUGAACAUAUGUGGGAAUCAGAUGCCAUCCAUCCUGGUGAUGGAACUGAACUCGAGCUGCAUGACCUGCUCUGUAUGACGCAGCGAACAGGCAUUAUAGCCGAGCCCCUCCCCGGGUACACCAACUGCUGGCUGGCCCACAGUGAACCAGGGUAUAUGGACUGUUUAGGACGCAGUGAGUUCCUCAUCCCAAAGGAGGGCUUUAAGGAACUUUUAGAAAACGAAAAUGAAGCCAAGGAGCAGUUUUUAGGGAGCACAAAGGAAUCCUUUACCUUCUCCAAGGUCGAUGUCCGGUCGACAGACUCCUCUAACGUUGUGGAUUCCAAGACCGCGCCGGAGACGCUUGCUAAAAUCCCCUAUCAGAACGAGAAGGAACGCUUUAACUGGCCUGGGGAACGUGCUGCCUUGGACUGGAUCCUUCGACGCGCCGGCAGUGAGGCCGGGGCGGAAGAGUGCACCGUCGGGCAUAACCAUGGCGGACUUGGACCAGAUUGACACGCAUCAUAUUGUAGACUAUAAUGAUUUCUUUCAAGAAGGAUCUUGAUUCGUAUAAUAGCAAUCAACAUUCCCAGCGGAAUGCGGAAAUAUCUUCGCUAUUCAUUACCAGUAUUUGAAUCCGACAAAACUAACACCGACAUAUACCGAUCCCUUACCUAGAUCUUAAUUUAACGUGAACGCUGAAUGUCUUGUUCAGCGGAAUAGUUCACUGCAUCAUCAAUGGUUUAGUGUGCUUUUCGUUACGUAGUUGAUGUUCUAUUUAUGGUUAUUUGGAUUCGUAUUUUUUUAUCUGUUUUUGUGAUACAUUCAUGUGUUUUGUUUUAUAAAUAAAACUGUUUUGAAAA